AUGGAAAAAAAAGAGAAAGUGGUGGUGGUGCUGGUGGUGGUGCUGGUGUUGGCGCAUAAACUUGUGCAUAUAAUAUUUUCCGUGCAAAUGGAUAGGCUCAGUGAGAUUGGCUGCUAUGGCCGACAUCGGUCAGAAGUAAGGACUGCUCUAUAUCCGGUUCGGAUCCGGUCCCCACGUUCAUUAUCGGACAAAGUUGACAUGAACUACUUGUUCACAGUGCAUUGGAGUUUACUG